GCUCCCCAGCCUGACCACAGCCACCAUCGUCGCUGGUCCCCUCCGCCCGAGUCAAUAAGUCAUCCCCAAGCAUCUGCACACACCCGCAGCCAUCCAUGAGCAGCGCCGGUUCCAUGUACGGCUCGCCCUGGCGCCGCCGCGUCGGCCGCGCCGCGAGCCCGCCUACGAUGCUAUGCUAUGAGCAGCACUUCGCGUACGAAGACGACUACAGCGACAGCGCGUCUGACUCCUGCUCCGAAGACGAUGAACACUACCCGCCGCGCGCGGAGGGCCGCAGGGACUCAGAGAGCAGCGAUGGGCGCCCGGGCGACAAGCCUGCGCAGGAUGAGUCGGACGAUAUGGGUAUGGACAUGGGCGAAGAAGAUGCUGAUGAUGAAGCCCGCGCGCGCGCCCUGCGCGAAGCCAAGGGCAAGCAGCGUGCCGUGCAGCCCGACCCUGAGCCCUCUCCGCGCCGUCGCCGCCAUCCGCGUCGACGCGAGCCUAUACAGGCGCUGCGUCCUAUAUUGACUAUCCAGAGGAGCCAAGGCUUUGUGUGGAACCAGGAUCUAUUCAUCCCGGGCUACAUGAAGGACCGAUACAUCGCGUCCACAUCGCCGCCAGGCUCUGGACUUGUCUCGUCCUCUGUCUCCUCUUCUACAUCCGCCCUCAAUGAGUAUGAGGUCGAGGUCGUCGAGAUUCGCGUCCGAGACGACGAGCUCAAGCACAUCAUCCCUUAAAGGGACCAGGUUCGUCCUCACCUACCCGCGCACAAUACUUUUCCUUUACCUUCUUCACAGUAACCCAUCAUUCCUCACAGCUACUGAUCAUUGUUCCUACACUCACGUCGUUGUAAAGGGCAUUCCUCUCUACUCGUACUUCUCUCCUUUG